AAAAAAAAAAAAAUAUCACAAAUUUGUGAAGUAUGAACUAAGAAUAGUAUGUAUUUGUUUCUCUUCCCUUAAUACAAAAUGAAUACUGAUGCAUCCCAAACUUGUGAAUGGUUGGUUUGUCAUUCUAAAAGAUACUCAGGAAGACCAUACUUCUUUAAUACGUUGACAGGAGACGCCGUGUGGAAUUUGCCUGAACAAACUGUAGCGUUUAUCAAAGCAAGAGCAAAUCAAAGCAAACCUAUAAUAAAUACAGGAUAUCCAGAGCCUAAUGAAGUCUUUAACGAUACUAUAUCCACUUCCGUUAACAAUAAUGCAGUUUUUAACCAGCCAACAGAAAAAGUGUAUAAUACAUUCUGUAGACAAAGCCCUUCUAACAUAAAUUUUUCACAUUGUAUUCCCCAGAAUACACAUAAUAGCAAUACUUUGGGUGUGCCAUUAUUAAGUGUCCGUCCAAAUGCAAUAAAUUGGAAUGAAUCUUCUAACAACCCAGAGUGCUACUUAAAUGCUAACCAUAGCAAUUGGCAACCUCAUCAGGUUCAUGCAUCAACACCUAUAUCAUCUAAAACAAAAAAAGAAGAAUUCUUUACAUUGCAAACUAAAAGUAAAGUUACAGUGCCAAAACAAUGUGAUAUGAAUGAUCAAAUGAAUUUUCAAAACAAUUCCAAUAAUAUUACUUCAGGUCAUGUAACUGCAUCACUUGAAGGUGAUCAUGAUAUGAAAAUAAGCAAAGACGUUGUUGAAGAUGACUUACAUGACAUGCUGGAAACUAAUAAUUUGAAUAUCACAGCUUUGCAAACAUUGUUUAAGAUUGACGUAAGAACCAAAGUUUGGUUUCUUGUGCUUGAUGAGGAUGUGUUUUUAAAGAAAUUAAACUUUAUAAAGGAAAUUCGAAAUGCAGAUAAUAGGUGUCGUUUGGUCGUCCCGGAAUGUGUUUUGAAUCGUAUUCAAAAGGGAACAACAUCUGUUAACAAGAUACAUAUGAAGAGAGCAUUACAAGCAGCCAUAUUUAUUUCUAAUGUCUUAACGGAAAACUGUGCCAUUGUUGAUAAAGAAAAUCGUCAUGAUGAUCAUACACAAAAUAUCGUUGCAUGUUAUAGAAAAUACAGCCAAAAGGACUACAAAGUUGUUUUGUUAACAGAAAAUAAUAUCAAUCAAAAUAUAAACGUAACAAGUCCCAUAUUUCGGAUGGAAGAAGUUGAAUAUUUCAUGAUAUAUGGGGAAUUAAAAGAGACGUCACCUCGAAAAGUAUUUAACUCAACAAUUACGGUCACAAUACCAAAUAAUCCAAGAAAGAGUUUUUCCAGUAAAACUAAAGUAGGGAUAAGAGAUCCACAAAUCAAAAGAUAUAUAGAACAAGAAGAGCAUAAUGUAUCUGAUUCAAAAUCAAUACAGAGAGAAGAGUCAGAAAUGAAAAUGGAGGUGGGUAGUUUAACUGAUGAGAAAAAAAUAAAUGGUCAUUGUUCAUGGAAUAAAUGGGACAGAUCACGUUCUCUUACCAGUUUAAAUCCAGGGACAAUCUGCAACACACUAUCAAAUACCUCGUUUCAUGAUACAGAAUAUGGAGAUGUUGAUAAAAACGUUAUGUUUGAAGUUACAAGUGAACUGAUGAAAGGGAACCUAAUAUCCAAGUCAGAAGAGUGGAUUUCGCGAUUCACACAAAUACUGGAAGAAGCUCUUAAUCAGAUUCUACAAAAGGCAGCUUUUCAGACAACACCACCACCUUGGACGAUGUAUGAGGCUUGUGAAUGUAUUAAACGGGGAUUUAAAAAUGACGCUUAUAUUGUUGAUGCGGCAAAUAAGUUGGUGGAUAUUAUAUUUGAUAAUGGAGCUUUCAGAGGUAAAAUUAACCACAACAUAAAUCCAUCAACAUUUAUGAAAAUCUAUAGUUACGGCGUUUACCUCGUUGAUGCUUUACAGGGCGUUUUCGAAGAUGACGAAAACCUACAGGCAGCUGAGAAAUUAUUAGCCAAGUUACUACUCGAUAUUGAGACGCCGGAUUUCGAUAACUCUUUCAAUGAAAUCGAUGCAAUAAAUGAGCAUAGCGAUGAAGUUUGUUUUUCAGCUUCGCCACAAAAAACAUCCCAAAAUCAUCCGACACCAUCCAGAAUCACCCGUUCAAAGGCUAGAAAUAUUAUGACAUCAGUCCAGGAACGAGCCCAUCACUCUAAAGAUAAACUUCUUCAGUUUUUGCCGGGAAAAGAAAACUUUUUGUCAAAUUUUGAACUUAAAAAUGCCGACAAGGAUGAAACUAAUGAACCAGAAAAUACAGAUAAGACAGAUUGUGUUAAUACUAAAACAGAUGAUCCACCGAAAAUUAUAAGAAACUUUACAAGAAUCUCUAAUAUUGAAGAUAAAUUGAAUCCAAAUGGAUCUGAUGAUCUAGGUAAUCUAGAUUUUAUUUUAGAUGGUGCUGAAGUGCCAGAAAAGAAAACUUACACUCAUAUGGAUUUCAUAGAACAAACUAAGGCUAAAUUACGCUACGUUUUUAAAUUUUGCCAAGAUACAAGACAAAGGCUGUUAAAUCCAGAAAAACUCGAUAAAAAGGAUGUAAAUUGUCAAGCCAAAAAAUUGGCAGAACUUAUACGUGUUUUCCGUCUUCAAUUAACAGGGAUAUACGAAAGAAAAAAAGAUAUUUAUUUAAAUGAUCUUAACUUUAAUGAGGCUGAAUAUAAUUAUUAUAAGGAAUUUGUUAAGCACUGUUUGGAUGAAUGCGCAAUUCUUAAUACGGCCCUAUCGAUUAUAAUAACAGCAACAGGCUCAACUCUCCAAUAGAAACGAGAUUAGGGGUAUUUGAAGGGGGAAGAGGAAAAGCGUACCUGACACCUCAAAUGGUACACACAAUGGAGCCCCCCUUCCGAAGAUGAUUUUUUUUAAAAGUUUUUCUUUAAAAGUGUUAUUAAAAAGCAGUCACAUCGAAA